GGCGGAGGCGGCGGGAUGCGGCAGCGGCUCCUCCGCUCUGCGGGGCCGGUGGCCGCUGGCGGCGACUCGUUAUCCCUUUUUCCUCGCCCUUCCUCCUCCUCCUCCUCCUCUUCCUCCCUCGCCACCUCCCCCUCCUGCUCGCCAUGGGCUGGCAAGCGGAACGCGACAAGGUGGUGAUCAACGUCGGGGGGGUCCGCCAUGAGACCUACCGCAGCACCCUGCAGACCCUCCCGGGGACCCGUUUGGCCGGUUUGGCCGAACCGGGGGCGGCGGCUCGUUUCGAUUACGAUCCAUCGGCGGGGGAGUUUUUUUUCGACCGCCACCCGGCCGUUUUCGCCUACGUCCUCAAUUACUACCGCACCGGCAAGCUCCACUGCCCCGCCGACGUCUGCGGGCCCCUUUUUGAGGAGGAAUUGGCUUUUUGGGGCAUCGACGAAACCGACGUGGAAGCUUGCUGCUGGAUGAAUUACCGGCAGCACCGGGAUGCCGAGGAGGCCCUGGAUAGUUUCGAAAGCCCCGAACCCCCCCAACCCCCCGAACCGGCCGAGCCCAAGCGGCUGUGCCUGGAGGAGGGGAGGCCGGCGAGCUGGUGGAGGAGGUGGAGGCCCAAGCUCUGGGCUCUCUUCGAGGACCCUUAUUCCUCCAGG